UCGGUCACACUACCGUACCUGAAAUUGUGCAAUAGCGGUCUUUAGUGGUCUUUUUGACCAAAUUUAUCAAUUAAACUAGAAAAAUGAGCGGCAGAGGAGUUAGUAGAAUAUUAACAAUUGGAGCCACCGCCCUUGGAGCCUUCUACCUUGGUUCCCACUUUGAACGACAGAAGCGCAUCGAUGGGCCCGAUGGCGGAAGCCCCCGUCUUCCUGGGUUACCUACUUUUGGGACUGUUUCGGCGGCCAGUUUGAUUCCUGCCCAAGAAAGCAAUGUCAGUCUAGCGGCAACACCUUCAAGGAUUGGACAAAUAAUGAAGUAUGGAUUCCCGGGAUUGGAUAACGUGCGGUCCCACUCCGACUACGUGCUCUCCUACGACCGCCGGAAUCGAGUGCCACAUUGGGUAUUUGAGCACCUGACGCCGGACUCUGUAGCCAAAAACGAUGCUGUAGAUCGAGCCAAGUGCGACUUCAAGCAGGAUGAGAGCAUUCAUCCCUACUUUCGGUCUCAGAAUACGGAUUACAGGCGGUCCGGUUACGAUCGCGGUCACAUGGCCGCUGCUGGAAACCACCGGUUGCACCAAAAACAUUGCGAGGAGACCUUUUACCUAUCCAAUAUGGCACCCCAGGUGGGGCAGGGCUUCAAUCGGGACGCGUGGAACACCCUGGAGAUGCAUGUGCGCAAACUUACUAAAAUCUAUCCGAACGUGUAUGUCUGCACGGGCCCUUUGUACCUGCCCCGAAAGGAAGACGAUGGCAAGACAUAUGUUAAAUACGAAGUUAUCGGAGCAAACACGGUGGCAGUUCCCACCCAUUUCUAUAAAGUAGUUGUGAGCGAAGCUACUGACCAAAAACUCCACAUGGAAGCCUAUGUUAUGCCCAAUCAAGUGAUCAGCAAUGAUACGCCAAUAAGUGUGUUCCAAGUGCCCCCAGAAACUGUAGAACGGGCGGCUGGAUUACUUUUCUUCGACCAAAUGAACAGAAAGCAACUGGCCACCGUCAAUGGCAAGAAAGUCUAGAACUUUUGUGCCUUUGUAAAUAAUCUAUUUUAUGAUUGGAAGGGAAACCAAUUGGCCCAAAGAAAAGAACCAACUUAGUUUUGGUUUUAGUGUAUUUGACCAGGGAGAAUCCCUUGUUUAAUGUAAUUUUUUUCUUUUCCAAAGAACUUGUGAACGUUAAUAAACGUAAUCAAUUAAUACAGAUAUA